AUUAUCUCUGUCUAUUUCUUACUUAUUAUCUAUUUAAAUCCAACCAAAUCGCGAAAAUCGUCGCGUUACAAUUAUUACUUAUUAUAUUUCUUGCGAUUUAAGCAAAACACAACGAUCUAGAAUACUUGUGUACGUAUCGUCUAAUGAUGGUUUUUAAGAAUUUAAAAAUAAAUUAAUGAACGGAGGCUCUAUUAAAUCCAUAUUUUUAAAAUAUUUCAAAACGCUUCUUAAUGAAUUAAAAUGCAUUUAAAUGUCUUCGCUCUACAAAGGAUGAAUCAACAGCUGCCAGUUUUACUCACAUGCGGGUGUUGAUUAAAUAAUAGCCUUGAUAAAAAAAAUAUGAUCUGACAAGUUGCAGUAAGACAAACUAAUUGCAACUCGUAGAUAAAAUAAUAUAUUAUUUUUCAUAUCUAUUUAUAUUAAAUAUUAAAAACUAUCAGAUAUUUUAAGAAUUUAUUGCUUUUCUCAAUUUAUAAACUUCUUUAGGUAAUGCAUUACAUGAUAUAUACCCUAUAUAGUUACUACUUAUUCUGCUACGAAUGGAAUUAAUUUUCGAUUGACAAACAAGGAUCUAGAUUUAUCGAAUUGUUAGACGAAUAACUUCAGCAUUGAUAUCGAGUUUUACUUCAAUUCUAAUGAGAAAUCAUAACCCUACAAACCUCGAAAGUUCAACUUAUUAAACUACAUAUUAAAAUACGACAAGGAAUCUACUAUUUUCGGGGUGUACAUUACGAGAUUAUUUAGUUCAUUCGGUCGGGAGUUUGACCGGUCUAAUUGUCCCACUGAAUGAUUACGACAUGCGCAUCGCGUCAAGAUUCAAGAUAGAGUGUGCAACAGAGUGCCUCGAUGCCGUGUCGCAUCUGAAAUGAGCCCGGCAAGUGAUAACAAUGUCGCACCGGAUAAUCUAACAUGUCAUCAGCUCAUUCGCGCCAUUUCAAGAUCCUUUGGAUAACGCUGCAGAUGGUACUCGUGUUGAUUGGCCCUCAUCCCGAAAGCGCUUCCUCGCAUUCACACCUCUACGUAUCGCAGUUCCGCUACGUUCCCCAGUAUCAUCCAUCGAGGAAUCCCGACUGUGCGUCACGAUGGCUCCGGCGUGAGUUUCACAAUGAACGAUUUCGCCACGAGAAUGGCCGACGUUUCUCGACGUUCGAACAACCGCUCGUCGAUCAAGAUCAUCCGUGGAUCGAAAUCAGAGCUCUCUUGGUUCGUUGUUCACGAACGCGGAAAGAAACUAGAGAAACGUCGCAAUCGAUGCGAAAUUGUAGGAGAAAAGUGAUAAUUAGCAUGAAGAUAAACAAUGUUGGAAAGACAAACACGCGAGAGGAAUUCGUGCUGGUGGAUCAUGUAUUGGAUCCGGUAAAAAUGCGGAAAAUCCGAUUGCGUAAUCCGUAUGUCAUAAAAGUCCGCCAAGAACCUUUGCUGCAUCUAUAUGGACUGAGAUUUCAAGGUAUUGUUAACGCGGAGGCAAGAGAAGAAGUCGUUAAUAAUUAUCAAGCAAACUUCACUGGAUGCAACGACGGCCUAGACAACCCAACUUGUGGUCAAAUGUUAGUUAAUGAAGAGCCAAUACCAUUUAGUCAAGUAAGAAUAAUAUAAAAAAAUAUAUAAUCGUAAUAAGAUAUCUGUAAAAAGCAUUCAUCUAAUUUUUUAACAAAAGGAUAAUUUUAUUGAAGUCAUAAAUUAUUCUACAAAAUUUUUUUCUAAUAAAAAA